AUGAUAAAAAACUUGUUUACUCAAUCGAUCAAUCCUUAUCGCUUUCCAAAAAUUCUCAACUGGGCUAAACAGGGAAAGUAUUUCAAUUUCGAUGGUUAUCCAAUAUUUUAUUAUGAUUCAAGCGUAGCCGAUACAACAGCUAUAUCAAAACCAACAUUAUUAUUACUUCACGGAUAUCCAACAUCAUCAAUCGAUUCGUUGUGCAUGCUAGAUGAGUUACAACGACGAUUUCGUAUUAUUGCUCCUGAUUAUCUGGGUUACGGUCUCUCAGCUAAACCAAUAUCUUUUGCAUACUCGAUAUUCUCGCAAGCAAAUAUGAUUGAACAAUUGAUGAGUUCAUUAAAUUUGAGUCAAUUUCAUAUAUUGGCACAUGAUGUAGGAGAUACAAUUGCUCAAGAACUAUUAGCUAGACAAAUUGAUCGUAGACAAUAUAUAAUUCAAUCAACAGUAUUUCUUAAUGGUGGCUUAUUUCCAGAAGCUCAUCAUCCAUUUAUAAUGAUGAAACUACUGAAAACACCUUUUAUCGGAGCAAUAAUUCAAUAUAUAGUUCCUAGAUCACUAUUCGCUUCAGCAAUUAAUCGAGUUUUUGGUCCGACAACUAAACGAAGUGAACAAGAAUUAAAUGAAAUAACUAGCUUGCUAUUUUACAAUGCGCCAUACAAUUUAUUACAGCAAUUACAAUGUUAUCUUAAUGAACGAAUUACUCAUAGAGACCGAUGGGUCAAUGCAAUGAACAAAGUGCAAACACUUGAUGAGAAUCCCAUUCCUAUUAGACUUAUCGAUGGACCAUUUGAUCCAAUUAGUGGAAAACAUAUGGUAAAAAGGUAUCGAGAAAUUAUUGAUAAACCUGAUACUCGUGUAUUAGCUGAGAAUAUUGGCCAUUAUCCAAAUUUAGAAGAUCCAGAAAAUACACUAAGACAUUUUCUCGAUUUUCAUACCUCGAUUUCGGCUUGA